AUGCAAGCCACCUCCCUCACGCGCCUCCACCCCCUCCACCCCCACGCCCUCCCGCUCUUCGUCUCCGUCACCCUCGCCGUCGACAAGCCCAUCCUCUUCGGAAACUCUUCCUCCUCCUCCUCCCUCUCAUCUUGGCGCUGGCCCCGCCACCACCCCCGCUCCCCUUCCACAACAAACCCGCCACACAAGCGUCCGGCCGCCCCCACCGUCCCUGCCGCCGUCUCUGCUAUCGCCACCGCCACUGCUGGCAACGCCCGCGCCACUUCGUUCCUCGUCGACGUCCGCGUCAUGCGAUCUGGCCGCCGCGGCCGGAGGGGUUUCGUGGUCGGAGUCGGAGUCGGAGUCUCGUUCGCCGCCGCCGCCGCCGCCGCGUUGGGCGGGAUGGAUGGCAGCGGGCGGGGUCUGAUGCCUUGUUGCGGCUGGGUGGGGGAGCGAGACUGGAGGGGUUGA